ACACUUAUUAAUUUCCUCCCAGCGGUGACAUAAACGUCAAAAUCCUGAAAUGGCCUGUACAACGUGAAUUUAGUCGUGCUGUACAGGACCACUCCCUUAUUUUUAAUGCUACAAUGCUCGGUGAAAAGAUGGGAACCUCUACAGACAUAGAAACUGAUUUUGCAUCAGGUUUAAUUUAUUUCAUGGUUAGAGAUUACGCUAUUGUACGAUGGAAUAUUGGGUAUCCUAUGGUAGCAGAACAUCAUGACAUAUUAUCUCAAUCGUACGAAACAUUUCCAUAUGUUUCAGGAUUUUUUACUGAUACAGACAGUAGCAUAUGGGCUAUUAUUAAUCCUAGAAGUCCCACGGAAUGUGGUAUACAUGGUAACUCUUACUCUACUUCUUCUUCUACCUCGGAAUUAGAAGAGAGAGUUUUAAGAAUAAGUACACACAAUGAAAUAACUAAAGAAACGGAAUUUGUAAAAAUAUUUACACGUUAAAUAAAUACUUGAAAUAGUA